AGCCUGUUAGCUUCAAACGGCAUUAUUCGUCUAGACAUACCUGGUAGCAUUGCAUUUGUCUGGGUUUUGCGUUUUUAUUUGCCUUUCCUUUCACCACCGUUCACCUUUGUUGGCCUUAAACCACAACUGGAGCUUAAAGAUGAUGUCGGACACGCAGCUACUGAGACAGAUGGUGAAUGAGCGACUGGCGGCGGCUGCAGAGGAAAUAUUUGGACUGGUUGAAAAAACUAUAGCAGAGUAUCAGGACGAAGUUUUUCGCUGUAGAAGUGAAGUCAUUGCACUGAAAAGGCAGAUGGAGCAACUGAGCGUCUUGAAGCCUGAAGUCCAGCUGUUGAAAACAGAUGUCCAGGAGUGUGCUUUGGAUCUGCCUGAUCAGAAUCCUACUUUGGAGAGCAGUGACACACCUGACCAUGAGCAGGUCGAAGAGGAGCAGUCGGACCUCUGCUCGAACUCAGAUCUAGAGGAGCCUGAUGGUUAUGAGGAUUAUCAGGUCCCAUUAAGUGACGUAGACCCAACCUGUCCAGCCAUCACUGUCUCAACCAUGUCAUUUAAAGAUGAAGAGAAGUGGAAUGAGAUCGACAACUCAGUGUCCCCCUCCUGUGAUCCCAUCUACAGUGAUAUUCCCUUUACUGCCAAGAAACCGGCUCAGAGAGACAAAAUGAAGAAGAAACCAGUUCAGAAAGACAGAAUGAAAAAGAGUCUAAUUCAGAAAAACCAAAACAAGGCAUGCCGCUUUUGCCAUAUGUGUUUUCAAACAAAUGCUGAACUGACAAGGCACAUGGAUACAAAUCAUAUGGGAGAGAAGGCCUUUAAAUGUACUCAGUGUGACAGAGGGUUUGAUCAAGAGUACCAGCUGGCUGUUCAUGUGAGAGUUCACACAGGUGAAAAGCCAUAUAGUUGUGAUUUCUGUGGCAAAACAUUUACUCAGAAUUCAAACCGUAUUGUCCACAUGAGACAGCACACUGGAGAGAGACCAUAUUUCUGUAAUAUUUGUGGUAAAAGUUUUGCCACUAGUCAUCAUCUUAAAUCCUGCUUAAACAAACAAAAAAUGAACCCAUUUCACUGAUGCGUGGCAAAGCGUGGAGCACAGAUUCAUGUGUGAAGUUUCACUUAGAAAGGUACAUAGGUGAAAACUGUAACACACCUAAAUCACUCUGAUAAAAUCUGACACCAAAAUGUGAAACUAUAAAGUUCACUUUAUUGGGAUCUCAGGACCCAAGUGUGAUCACGGUGAAAAAACUGUCAGAGACUUAUCCUUCACACAUGGAACUUGAGAGAGACCCAAAGAACACCAAACUCUAUAUUAAGGUACAUCUUAAAACAGAGAAUCUUCUCCACCUCAGUGUCACAUGAACAAAAAACAUAUUCAUCUUGUUAUCAGAGAGAUGUCACACUAUGAUUCAUUGAAUUUUUAAUCCCUUUUGUCCUUUCAGUUCUGGACUUUUAGUAUCCAUGCCAUAGCCAGUACACAGGUACCAACUCCAAGUAUUUCUUGCCAUUUUCUAACGGUGACCCUGAUAUGAACUUUGAUUUUCAAGGCCUUUUCCUUCUUUUUUUUCUUUGAAGACUCCUUAAAAUCAGUCUUUGCAGAGUAAAAUAUCACUAUUAUAAUUAUUUUUCAUCACAGUGCAAUAACAUAGCUUUUGAUUUGACUGAAACUUCACUGAAUAGUCAGACAGCUUCUAUGUAAGUUUUUAAGCAACUGUAUUUUAUAUGUACUUGUACAAACAAAAUGAAACAAACAUUUUGAGUUUUCUGAAAACAACGCUGACAGAAGUGAGUGCACCAUCAUGGCGUGAUCACUUAGAAUCUGCACAAAUGUCAAUAUUUUGUGUGAGAACCAAUGUCUUUUUUCUGAACAGUCUUGAUCUUUUUGCAGUUUCUGGUGGGAUAUUCUUGAUUGGUUCAGGUCAGGUGACAUGUUAGGACACUCCUAUAAAAGGACAAUGGUCUGCUUCUAGCAAUGUCUUAGGUCAUUAAUGUGUUGAAUUGUGCUUUUUUUUAUUUUUAUUUUUUACUUAUAACAUUUUACCGAAUGUAUGUAUUUUUUGGUCACUCAAAGUGAGUCAUGUAUGUUAAAUCUUUCAGAUUACUUCAACCCUGUCCUCUGGCACAGUGGCUGAUCCAAAAUGCUGCUUGAAUAGGCAGUUGUGUUUUCAUGAUUAUUAGACUUUAGUGUAGUUCAGAGUUUACUCACUUUAUCAUAGAAAUACUACUUAAAAAUGGCGCAUGCACAGUAAGCCCCCCCCCCCAUCUCAGGGCGCAAAAUCUUGUGCACAAGCACCACUCCUGAUUGGUCGCACGGCAGCACAGUGGGUGUAUAAUUUCACAGGUAACACAUAGGACUAUGGUGUGGGAGUCAUGGGUUUGAUUCAUGGUAAUUUUUUUCUGCACAUUUUCAGACAGUGGGGGGGUGGGGGUGGCAGUAGGUAAAUUCACCACUGUGUCAUUAUUCAGUUGUAACAGUGUGAGUGAAUGUGGCACAGCUAAAAUAGUAAAUCACAUGUACAUUAACAUUUCAAGAUGUAGGGUGUAAUUCUUGUAAAAGGGACAAAAUUGUAAUUUUUCCAUCACCUUUCAUUUUCCACAGCACCAAGUUAGAAUAAAAACCUAUACGGAAAAAUGAAGGACAUAGAAAGGGUAAUGUCACAUGGUCUUUUAACUUAAUUUUUGAGGUGCAUUUUGUUGCCUAGCAUCUUAAAACAAAAAUGACAUUAGGCAGGUUUUACUUUCUGUUCGACACAUGAAAUGGGUGAAAGAGAGAAAUUUACUGUUUAUUUACUUAAAAUUGUGACUCAUUUUGUUUUAUACAGGUAUAUCCUAAAUACAUAAUCCACCUUUCCCCGAAAUUGGUUGCAUUAAUGAUCUGUCAUUGCUGAGUGUAGAAUAUUGGAUUUGACAGAAGGGUGUUAGGACCCAAACGUUGUCAGUAUUGUCCAUAUAACUACCUAUGCCCUGCCUAGAAUCAAAGACUUUUUAUUACAUAUAAAAUAAAAUGUUCAUUUGUUGUAUUUUUCUUCUUCUUCUUUUUUUUUUAUUUUUAUUUUUUAUCUAUUUUUAAUAUAGUCACAGACAGUUCAGAAAGUGUUAAUGAGAACCUUUGACCCAUAUUCACCUUGUACUCAGAGUUAGUUUGCACUGUGUGUGGUAUGCAGUUCUACCCUGCAUAAAAUAAACACCAUCAAAUCACUGUAAA